AUGAUCAGAAAAGGCGGGGCCAAAGUUAGCAAGGUCUGCGGCUGCGCGGAAGCGCAGCACUUGAAGAGCAAGUCCUGCGGCUGGGGCGGCCACGAAGACUUCUGUGCUUCUCUGCUCUGCCGCCGUACUUCCGCUACUCUUGGAAAGUUCUGGAAGUUGGGAGGUGACGUGGCACCACGGACUUGCUGGUCGGGAAGACUCUUAAGAACGGAAGCCGCCGUGAAGAUAGUUGUGGUCCAACCUCUCACUUGUCAGUUAAGGAGACUGAGCGGGAACGCGAUUUACAGGAGAUUUUUGUGCAGUGUUAAACGAGGAAGCAGGCCAAGUGGAGGUGAAGGGAUUUGCCCAGAGUUGCGGAGCUCUGGAGUGGAUGAGCCCCCCCGCGUGGCUGCUCGCCCGGGGGGCGUUUCCCCAGAGAUACUGAAGGAGCCUUACUGCCGCAGCCCUGGUUGUCUGCCUCAUUUCUAUUCGUUAAUUAGUUGUGAAGUUGCAACUGCCCUAGAUCGAAGCCACAAGAUUCGGUAUUCAGAUUCAGUGGAAAAUGGAUCAAUUAUCUUUUCUCUUUCUGGAGUUGCAUUUUUAUUGAUGGAUGCUAAAGAAUGCUUUACAUCAGCUGAAGAAAUAUUUCUAGCCAAAAUUGAGAAGUUUACUAAUAUUCACCAAAAUAGCUUUUUGGUUCUGUCUGCUGCCUUCCAUGGGCCUGAGGAAUGGAAACUGAUGUUCAGGAUUCAGCAGAGAUUCCUGGGUAGUAACUUACGGAUACUUCCAGUACACAACACAGUAGAUGCUAUUAAUCUUAUGUGCACUAUAGCUAAGAUGGCCUCCAAACCAUACAUAGAUAACAUCUGCUAUAGAAUGGUAACAACUGAGGCUUACAUCAUUGAGCAAAGUCCUGUUUGGAAAACACUUCAAAAGUUAAAACUGAGUAGUGAUUCAUUUAACCCAAACUAG